AUGGGUAUUGAGGGAUUAAAUUUAUUCAUGGGUAAACAAUUUGGUUGUGUUGAAAAAGUAAAAGAAAUUACCACCGAUCAUGUAUAUAUAGAUUUAAAUAAUUAUUUACAUAAAUCAGUUAAAAGGGGAGAUAAUUCCAAAUUAAAUACAGAAGUAAAUGUUUUUAGAAUAUUAAAAUCUUUUAUAGAUGGAAUUUUAAGAAAAGUUCGUGUUAAACAUUCCGUAUUCUUUGGUAUUGAUGGUCCUGGUCCUAGAUCAAAAAUGAUAUUACAAAGAGAAAGAAGAUUAAAGAAUGGGAAUAUAGAUAAAUUAAAAUAUUUUAUAAAUAGAAAUAAAGAGCAACAACAACAGCAACAACAGCAACAACAACAAUCACCUCAACUUCACGAUUAUGAUUAUUUAAAUGAAAAUGAUUUAAAAUCAUUUGAUAGCUCAUUCUCAACAUUAGAAUUCACACCAGGUACUACAUUUAUGGGUAAAUUAAAAGAUUUUUUAAUAUUUUAUACAAAGAAUAAAUUAUAUUUUGCAAAAAAGAUUUUUAUUUCUGCAUCUGAUAGAAUUGGUGAAGGAGAAUUUAAAAUUUUCGAACAAAUUUUAAAUUCAAAUUAUCCAAUAAAUGAUUCAUUUACAAUAGUUUCAAGUGAUUCAGAUAUUUUAUUAUUUUCAUUAUUAUCAAAAUAUAAAAAUGUUUAUAUUUAUAAUAAAGAUUCUGAAGAAAUUAUUAAAAUUGAUAAAAUUAGAGAUAAAAUUUAUCAACAAUGUUAUAAAAAGAAACAAAAAAAACAAAAACAACAAAAAAAAUCAGGAGGAGAAGUGGAAGGAGAAGGUGAAGGAAUAGCAACAGAGGAAAAAGAAGAAGGGGUGCAAAUUGAAGAAGAAGAGGAGGAAGAAGAAGAGGAAGAAGAAGAUAUUAGUAAAAGAAGACAAGCAAUAGUUGAUUUCGUAAUGUUAACAUUUUUAAUGGGUACUGAUCAUUUACCAAAAGUAUCAUCAUAUAAUAUAGGCUCAGCAUGGAGUGAAUAUUGUAAAAUUAAGAAACCAUUAUAUAAUGAAGAAACAGGUUUAAUAAAUUUAGAUUUAUUAUUUAGAUUAAUUGGAAAAUCUUCACAACCACGUUUAUUUUAUCGUAAUCGUUUUGUUAAUAAUAAUAAUAAUAAUAAUAAUAAUAAUAAUAAUAAUAAUAAUAAUAAUAAUAAUAAUAAUAAUAAUAAUAAUAAUAAUAGCGAUGUUAACAAUAAUCAACAACAGCAACAGCAACAACAACAACAACAACAACAACAACAACAACAACAACAACAACAACAACAACAACAACAACAACAACAACAACAACAACAACAACAACAACAAUCACCUCAAAUAUUAAAAUCAUUAUUUAAUAACGCAGGUAAUUAUUAUUGUUUAUCAAAAGGAAUAAGUCAACCAACUCAAAAUUUUAAAUGUGAAAAAGAUAAGGGAAAUGGUAGUAAUAGUAAAAUAAAAACAAGAUAUAAUAUCAUCAUUGAAAAUAAAAUAGUAGAUUCAUCAAAUGAUAUAGAUUAUUUAAUUAGAUCAUUUUUAUCUAUAAAUCAUCCAUUUUGGGAAUCAAAUAUAAAUAUUAUUAAAGAGAAAUAUAUUUAUAAAUUAUACAAUUUAUUCACUUCUGUUAAAAAUGGUUGUAAUGAUAAUGAUGCUGAUGAUAAUAGUGAAGAAGAGGAUGAUGGUUGUAAUGAGAAUGAUGAAGAUGAAGAUGAUAAUCAAGACGAAGAUGAAGAUUUUGAAGAAAAUGAAAUUGAAAAUGAGAAUGAAAUUGAAAAUGAGAAUGAAAUUGAAAAUGAAAUUGAAAAUGAAGAUGGAGAUGUUAAAAUGAAUGAAAAGGAAACAAUAACAACAACAACAACUACAGCAGCAGCUUAUAGUAAAAAAGACAUUUUAUUAAAUCAUUAUCUUUAUGGUUUAAUUUGGCACAUAAAUUAUUUUGGUGGUAAAUGUAAUGAUUUUAAUUUUAGUUUUCCAAUUAAAUCAGUUAUUUCAUCAGAAGUUUUUAAGAAUUUUCCAAUUAGAUUUCUAAAUAAUAAUAAUAAUAAUAAUAAUAGUAAUAAUGAUAAUAAUUUUGAUAUUUGUGAAAUUGAAAGAGAAUUAUUAAAAAUUCAAAAUUAUUCAAAUAUUUUAAAGAAUCCAUUACCACCAGUACCAUUAUUAUUUGGUAUAUUAUUAAUUGACUAUUCGAAUAAACAUUUAUUUCCAACCAUUUAUCAUCCAAUUUAUAAGGAAACACCACAUUUUAAUAUAAUGGAUAGAAAGAGAAUGGAGAAAGAAUUUAGAAAAUCAGAUGCAAUUGAUACUCUAACAACUCUAUUUAAUACUAAAACUGAUAAAUCAAAAUUAACACCUUAUCAACAAUCACAAUUACAAUUCUCUCCAACUUUAUUUUUUAAUAUACUUCCAAAUAGAUCAAUUGAAUUUUAUGAAGAGCUAUUUAAUAAUAAUAAUAGUAAUAAUAAUAACAAUAACAAUAGCGGAAAUAUAUCUCCUCUUAAAUAUAAAUUAAUUAAUACCUUUAGAAAUAAUCAUUUCUUUAAUUCAGAAUUAAAACUACAAUCUUCUGAUGAUAUUAAAGAUUGUUUAAAUAAUUUAUAUAAUAAUAAUUUAUAUAAUAAUAGUUCAUAUAAUAAUAAAAAUAGUAUUUUUAAUUAUAAUAAUAAUAAUAAUAAUAAUAAUAAUAAUAAUAAUAAUAAUAAUAAUAAUAAUAAUAAUAAUAAUAAUAAUAAUAAUAAUAAUAAUAAACAUUAUCAAAAUAAAUCAAACAGGUUUAAUAAUUUUAAACCUGAACUUGAAAUGAAAGCACAACAGGUUCAAUACCAAACCACACAAGAGUUGGAAGACCAAGAUCAAGCUUUAAUCCAACAGCAUCUUAAACAAUAUCAACAACAACAGCAACAACAAAAAUCGACACAAACAGAACAACCAAGAGAACAACCACAACCAAAACUACCAAAACAACCAAAACAACCAAAACAACAACAACAACCAAAACAACAACAACAACAACAACAACAACAACAACAACAACAACAACAACAACAACAACAACAACAACAACAACAACAACAAAAACAACCAAAACUACCAAGAGAACAACGAGCAAAACAAGCAAAACCGCCACAACAACCCCAACAUCCAAAGCAACCUAAACAACCAAAUGAACAACAACAACAACCAAAACAACAACAACAACAACAACAACAACAACAACAACAACAACAACAACAACAACAAGAAAUUGAAAAUAAUUUUCAAAAUAUUAAACCAAUUUAUCAAAAAUCUCAACACCCACAAUUAAAAAAACAAAAACAAACCCAUUGA